GGAAAACAGACAAGAAACUGCGGCCGGGAGCGCGAAAUCCAGAAAGGGCCGCGGGGGGGGGGGCUUAUUUGUCCCGUGACCAAGAGGGUAGGUUGGGUUGUGUGAGAGGGGACGAGCCUCCCGAGAUGCCCUCGAACCAGCACACCUGUGAGCUCCUCUGAAUUUCACCGCUGAACUUCUUGACAUUUCUGGGCAGAUGUGGCCGCAAGGGUAACGCUCAGAUUGAGGGAAUACAGUCACGAAGUUCCAGCCGCGUUAGGGUGGCUGCAAAGGGGGCAGUUUUAGCCUGUACAGAGCACUUCAUAAUUGAAAGAGAAUCUGUAAAAUGGCCACAGGAGAUUUAAAAGGAAACUUACGUAAAAUAGAGCAAGGACUUCGGCUUUUAAAUUAUCCUAGAGAUGUGGAUUAUACUGGGUUGGCGAAAGGUGACCCAUCUGUAUUUUUGCCCAUCAUUAGCUAUUGUUUCACAUCCUUCUCAACGUAUAUUACAGAACUUCUAGUGGAAUCUGAUGUGGAACUAACAGCAAAGAAUGACUUGCGUUUUCUUGAAGCUGUUUAUAAGGUUCUCCGUGACCAAUUUCAUUAUAAGCCAGUUUUAUCAAAACACCAGUUUCUCCAAUAUGGCUUUGCAGAGAGAAAAAUACAGCUUGUUUGUGAGAUUAUCAGUUCUGUUUAUAAAAGACAUAAAGAAUUGGACAAUGUGAAUAAGGUGAAAUCACAGACAAGAAAAAGAUCCCAUUCUGGUAAACCCCAACCAACAACAGCCUGGGCGAAUCCUGUAGCUGUCUGUCCUACAGAUUUUCACCAGGAUUUUUUGCAGACAGAGAAACCUCAUGUAGAAUGUCAUAGAAGUCUACUUGAUGCUCGUAUAUCUGAAGAGAUAAUCCGUGAUGCACUAGAGGAAGAAGAAGAAGAUGAUGAUGUUGGCCAUACCACUGAUGGUGUCAACAGUGGUGCUGAUAGUUUUGGUGGUGGUUGUGAACAAGUCUUGAACGAUAAUAAUGAAGUGAAAAAAUUGAAAAGUCAGAUUGCUGAACUGGAGGAAAAAAUUAAUAAACUCAACGUAAUAGAAGAUAAAUUACAGGUUUUAGAAGAAAAACUGCAAGGAAGGGUUGUUAUAGAUGAAAAGGACUGGAAUAAUCUAUUGAGUCGAGUCUUGCUUCUUGAAACUCAGCUCUUACUUCAAUCAAAGAAGGACGAUUUGUCUACAGAAUUCAAUAAUAUGGGUGAAGAAAAUAACUCUAGCAGAAAUAGAACUCCAGUUUCCCCUGACAAAGAAAAGGAAGAUCAGCCAGAGAAUCUUCACCAGUCGUCCGGAUACAGUUCACAGUUAUCUGUAGAUCCAUCUCCCAAAGCCCUGUUCACUAAUGAUCAUGCUCUGUCAGAUGUUUCAGAUGAGACAACAAUACAAAGAAUGGAAAGAAUAAGCAAAAUGAUUGAAGAAACCUCAGAGUUGUUGAAGGCCUCAAGUAACACCUCUUAAGAGUAUUCUGCCCUACACUGUCAGAUAUCUGAAAGCAAUUAUGUAGGUCUCUAAACUUUAGAGCGUUUGACUCUGUGAUUCCUUAUCAUUGAAAUUAUUUAAAGCUUUUCACAUAGGUGAAAAUAAAUAUUUUGUAAUAUCUUUGUCAUUGAUAUACUUUUCACUACCUACAUGUAAUUAUUUUUUGUAACUUCUGUAUGUGUAUAGUAAAGUUGUUCCUUUUCCUGCACUCAAGUUUUUGUAUUGACAUUUACUAACACUGGGCUAAGUAAGAUGUUUUUUAAAGAGCAGGCUCAAGGCCUAUGCUUUACAUCCUGUUGGAAACACUCCAGCUGGGACUUGCCUAUUACACCCAAGAGAAUUGCAUACAUACCAUCCUGCCAUCUGUAAAGCUGUACCAAACCUUAAUGAAAACCCAAGUACACAAAUUGUAAAUGUCUCUUUUUGAACUUUUUUUUUAAAAAUACACCUUUUAAUUCGUGGUCAAAAAGCACCUACAUGUUGUAGCUUCCAUUCACACUGACAAAAUGGAGGUAAUUUUAAUUCAAGACAUUAAAAUUUAUACAUAGACUUUGACUGGGAAAUGUGUUGAGCGUUUUAGUGUUGCAUUACCUGACAUUUUAAGACCAGCAGUGCAGAUGGAAAUCGUCCAGUCAGUAUACACAGAUACACAACACUUUUAUGAUUUGAAGCCAUAUAAAAUGAUUCUUUGGAGACAAAAGUUUAUGUAAAAACUACCAUAAAAAUGAUAUACAUUGGUGGGAAAAAGAGAGAUGGGAGAGAGGAAGACACUUCAGCUAUUUAGAUUUGUAAAUGCUGCAUACUUAUCUGUUACACAGAGAACUUUUUAAUCAGAAGGCAUUAACCUUUAAUCUGUCAGUUCAUUUGUAAUCCUGUGACUUGAAGAUAAUGAGAAAGCAGCUUUUCCUUACUGGUUGUAGCUCAUGACUUAUUUCACAAGUUUAUAUUUUCUUUU